UGAAAAAUAAUUUUUGGUUGCCAGUAUACCUGUAGUCGUUGCACUGAUCAGUCGAUAGUUUUGUGAUAAAUUAUUUCUCAAGUGAAUUAAAUUAUUAACCAUGGGACGUGAUUCUAGAAAGGUUUCAAGAGAACUUCGGAGUUCUGAAAAAAUUAAUAAGUCGCGUUCAGUCAAAAGAAAGAAUGUUUUUAAUCCGAAAACAGCCGAACGUGAUGAAAGUAUUCAGAGUACAUCUUCUAAAAAAUUAAAACAAAACACUGAAGAUGAUGUACCUGAAGACAGCAGUACUGAAUUUCGAAUAAUAAAUUUUAUUCAGGUAUUCACUGCAAUUUCUGCUCUUAUAAAAUGUAAAAAAUGUGAUGGAAAUGUAGUGUUUCAAACAGCAAGUACACGUGGGCUGGGAUUCAAAAUUGUAGUUGCAUGUAAUAACUGUGGAAAUGAAUAUAUUCCUUCCUGUUCUUUCGUUGGGCAUUCUUAUGAAAUAAACAGACGUUUCAUUUUUGUAAUGAGAAUACUAGGAAUAGGAUACGAAGGAUUGUGCAAGUUUUGCGGCCUGAUGGACAUGCCGUCUUUUUUAGAUAAAUCUACGCAUACAAUUUUACUGAAACAGAUUUUGAAUUGUAGUAAAGCCGUCGCAGAAACCUUCAUGACGAAAGCUGUGAAUGAAGAAAAGCAAGCAAUGCCAACAACUGAAAAUGAAGAUAUAAAUCAUCUAACUGUAUCGGGAGAUGGAACCUGGCAAAAACGGGGAUAUACAUCGUCAUUUGGAGUUUCUUCUAUAAUUGGCUAUUUUACUGGAAAGAUUCUUGACAUAAACAUUAAAAGUGCAUAUUGUAAGCUAUGUGAGUAUUGGAAAAAAAAAACAAAUACUGUUGAGUUCGAGGAAUGGUAUCAAUCGCAUGAAGAUGUGUGUUCUGCUAAUCAUCAAGGGUCUUCUGGGAAAAUGGAGGUGGAUGCGAUGGUCGAAAUGUUUUCGUAUUCUGAAACUAAAUAUGGAGUUAAGUAUGCCAACUAUAUUGGUGAUGGUGACUCCAAGACCUAUUCAGGAAUUAUAAAAUCAGAUCCUUACGAAAAUACAACUGUAAAUAAAAAGGAAUGUAUAGGGCAUGUCCAAAAGCGGAUGGGGAGUCGAUUACGUACGCUGAAGAGUAAACAAAAAGGUCUUGGUGGUCGAGGUAAGCUCACAGGAAAAUUAAUAGACAAACUAACUGUGUACUAUGGUUUAGCAAUACGCCGGCAUUGUGAUUCUAUUGAAAAUAUGAAAUCUGCUAUAAUGGCAACCUUUUAUCACUACGGCUCGAGUGAUGAAAAACCGAAUCAUGAUAUGUGUCCAAAAGGCGAAGAAUCUUGGUGCUCUUACCAGCGCGCUGAAGCAAGAGGAGAGCUUGAUACCUUUUCUCACGAUUAUUCUCCUUUACCUUCUGAUGUUUUAAAAGCUAUCAAGCCUAUAUACGAAGAUCUUAGUAAUGAAAAUUUACUUUCAAGAUGUGUAGGUGGAUUCAAUCAGAAUAAUAAUGAAAGCUUUAACCAACUAGUAUGGAAAAUAUGUCCAAAAACGGUAAAUACUAGUUUUACUAUCGUACAAAUAGCUGCAUACGUUGCUAUGUGUAUAUUUAAUGAGGGUAUAAAUUCAUUAUUAGUCUUGAUGAAUACACUAGGACUUAAUUGUGGGCCUAAUUCUCAUCGGUAUGCAGAAAGAAUGGAUGCUGCACGUAUCAAAGUAGCAGAUAAGCGCGCUAAUGAUAACACCCGAGAAGGUCGAUUGCAACGUAGGCACCAGCAAAUCGAUAUUUUGGAAGCUGCUAUGUCGGCUGAAGAGCUAUUAUAUGGUCCAGGAAUAGAUGACUCAGUAUGAAUCUCCAAGGACUUAUGAUGAUCACCGCAAAGGACUUCGGGAGGAACGGGCUCUACAAAAACAGCGAUAACUUUUUGAAUUAUUAAUUUUUUUUUUUGAAAUUUUCGUGAAGUCAAAUCGAAACGUGUUCUAAUAAAGCUAUGUUUUUAUUUUUGUCAAAUAAAGUAAUUAACUACAAAAAAAAAAUUAUUGAAAAUCAUCAUUUUUUC